AUGAUACUCAAGGAAAAUGAGGAGAUUGGGCACUGGGGUAACGAAAGAUGGAGAGAAAAGCUGGUCAAUAUGGGUCCCUUGGCUUUCAUCCCGAAUGAGUACCACAUGGAGGAACAUGAGAAGAAAAGGCUACUACAUGAGUUGAGUGAAAGAAAAUGCCGAAGAAUAUCGGAUGGGGAAAUUGAACGCCUACUGGAUGACUACAAUGACGUAUUCGCCGACAAUGAGCUUACGCAGACUAUAAUAGCAGAAAUGGACAUAGAUACGGGCAAAAGCAGUCCAGUGAAGCUCAAGACGCGACCAGUACCGCUAAGUGUCAUACCCAAGCUAAGGAACUUGCUGAAAGACCUAGAAAAGUGGGAAAUCAUUGAAAAAGGAAAGUCGGAUUGA